AUUUGAUCUUGUGUUUAUAUGAGAUGAAACUUUGUGGUUAAAAAAUAUCAGUUCAUUGCAAAGGACAGAUGCAUGGCAGUGAUGAAAAUGCGCCAAUCAGCUCUGGAGAAAUAAAAUCAGAUGCAGCCAAAACACCCCAACAUUCCUGUUGCUUCAUCCUUUUAUUUCAUUUGUCUCUUUCUGUCCUGCUAUUUUGCCUCUUCUUCUGAUUCCUGGCAGUAAUGCAGUCAAUGCGCGUACAGCAAUCCACCAUCAUGGCGCCCAAACUUUCAAACACUGGAGCCACUAGAAAAAGAAAGAGAGAACAGCUCAGUCAGAACAAACAAGAAGAAUCUUUGCCUUCCAAGACAUCGCCGAUGAAGAAGAUGAAAGAGGAAGCUUCAAUUGCGGUGCACCCUCCAACGUCACUAAAUGCCGAUCAAAUGGUAUGGAUUGGAGCAGCGAUGCAAAAUGGGGAUGGUGGUGCAUACAGUAUUUAUUAUGGGGUGGAUGAUGAGCGCAACACGGCUGAGCUAUGCACGCUCAGCCAUGACCAAGAUUUAAACUAUGUCUAUAUGCUUGGUGCUAUUCGCGCAGUUGAAAUGUGCCGCGACGAAACCGUGUCACUGACUAUUUUCACUGGAAAUAGCGGCUUGCAUAACAUUAUUACUAACGAAACGGAUGACCUAAUUCACAGCGACCUCAGCCAACAAUUGAAGCAAUUAAUUUCAAAACGACUUGGUGCGACAAACAUUCGGUAUGCUUCUCAUCGUUCUGUUACUGUGGAGCGUCAGGUGGCGCAUCAACUGGCUAAUGCUCAUUUGCAAAAAGAAGCAAAGAAACCAACUGGAAAUCCUGCCUGUGAGAUUUCAAAUAAGGAAGCUACAAAGGGUCAUAGCAAGGAAGAUCAGAGCGACGCCAAUGAAGAACAAGAAAGAAUUGACGCUAUGGAAGGUGUUACCGAAGGAUUGGAAGUGGCUGCAGGUAUAGAAGAAACGGUGGGAGAUGAAGGCUCUGGCGUACAUGAUAAAAACUCUCCAGACGUGCGUGGAUCUCAAGAGGGAGCAGUAGGCAAAUCAUGGGCAUCCAUGUUGGGCUUACGCAAUAUUUUAGCCGUGCUGAAAGCUCCAUUUGCUGCCCGCAAAAUCCAUCCACAAUCACUGUAAUUUGUUGCCGUGAUCGCUCUGUUUCUCAUAACUUAUCCACCAAUAGCCUGUAUUCCCCCCUCGCCCAACCCAGCUAUACUUUUACCCCCAUCAUGCACUUUGUCUACGAGUUCUUUAAACACAUUGUUGCUCCUAAUGAGAUAUAUUUAUCGAGUAACUUUAUCCAAUAAAAGGAUAUGGCUAUUGUAUGAUCAUAGAUCUACCUGUCGUGCAAAACCUCGAUUUGAGGGGUGAGCGGAGUGUGGAACUUUGUGUCAAACGAAAUCGCCCAAUUAGGCAAUUGUCUCGUUAUUUCAAGCAUUG